AUGGAAUCCAGACACAGUGUUUUGGUUCCAGCACUGUGCAGCAGUGAAGUGCACAAGUGGGAGAUUGAUUGCAUGCAAAGCCUGGUUCUAGAAGAGGAGGAAGAAGAAGAACCUGUCCCAGGGAGGGGUAGGAAGCAGGGAUCCCUGAAACGGAAAAAGAGCAAGAAGGAGAAAAGAAACCUGGCAGGGGCUAACGGGUUAGAUGCAAAGAAACCAGCACAGUCUACAAACAGAGGAACAAUGGGAGGUGCCACAAAGAACAUAUUCACGAAAAUGUUGAGAGUAGCUCAGCGUUGUCUGCAAGAUCCAGGCCAAGCAGUGGAAAGCUGUGAGAUAAAGCAGCCCCCUCUGAACAGAAGUCCGAUUGUUCGAGACCAUUCAAUGCGAAUUUCAGCUACUUCCUUCAGCAGAGGCCAGAUAAGGGGAAGAAACAAUCUCCAGAGCAGCUGCAAGGAGGUUAAACAUACGGAUUGCUCACAGGGUUUGGCAGCAUGUCGACCCAGACAACACUCCAUUCAGUCACCCAUGGAUUUAAUGAGAGAAAUUACAGGGGAACGCUGCCAGGGUUCGGUACUGAAGAAGAGACACUCGGGGGUAGCUAAAAGGCAGAUGGUCAGGAAAAGCUCAAGCCAGCAUAGCCAGGGUAGAUUCCUGCGUCCCCAUCGGGACGAGCCGUCGUUCUUUCCGAGGGGACGAGAUCCUAGUCCCAGAUGGCAGCAGCUGUCUGUGAGUCGCACUUGGAACCUGCACAUUUCCAUGCCAGGGAGUCGUCGCCAGGAAAUCGCACAUUGAACAAGAGAGAGAGUUCCUUGGAGAAUACUCGAGUCUCGACUUAUCUAAUAUCAUGAGCAUCGAUCUAACAAACUCUACAUAUAAAUUAGCUUUGUAGAAGGCACCCGUAACUUUUUGUUUGUUAAUAAAAGCACUUGAAAGAAAACUUGCACUAAUGGUUCUGCUUUUAAGGACAGAUUACGUGUAUGAUUGGGAAUUGAAGAAACUACCAACAGGAUCAUAGCUGGUUGACUUUAAUUUAACAUUAAGUUUCUAGUAAUAGCCUGGCUACUGAUGGGAGUUCUGUAAAAGGUAUUGUAGCCAAGCAGAGGUCUUUUCUAAACAGCCAAACCAACCCAUCCUGAAAUUGUAGAAUCAGGUAAUGAUUUGUUAGUAUUAUCUUGUUUUGUAGAAUAAAUUGUUAUUUAAAGUUGUUAAUGUUUGGCAUUUAUUUGACACUAUUAAUUAACUAUAUUAACCUCUUUGGAAGUCUACUGCCCUGCAUGACACACGAUUAACCACAGGUAUGAUUGCACUGCGUAUGAAUGUGGAAUGGGUGUGAAGGGAUUAAUAACUGCAGUAUGUAAAAUAA